CAGAGACACGAGGAGCAGAGACAAAGGGAGAGAGACACAGGGAGACAUUGAGACAGGGAGAGACAUCGAGACAGAGAGAGACAUCUAGAGAGAGACAGGGGGAGAGAGACAGGGAGAGAGACAGGGAGACAAGAGACAGGGAGAGACAUCGAGACAAAGGGAGAGAGACAGGGAGAGAGAGAGACAUUGAGACAGGGGGAGAGACAGGGAGAGACAUCGAGACAAAGGGAGAGAGACAGGGAGAGAGAGAGACAUUGAGACAAAGGGAGAGAGACAGGGAGAGAGAUAGACAUUGAGACAGGGGGAGAGACAGGGAGAGACAUCGAGACAAAGGGAGAGAGACAGGGAGAGAGAGAGACAUUGAGACAGGGGGAGACAGGGAGAGAGACAGAGACAGGGAGAGACAUCGAGAGAGAGACAUUGAGACAGGGGGAGACGUGGAGAGAGAGAGAGACGGGGAGAGAGACAGGGAGGGGGCGGUGACUAGAUGAAGACACGGAGCUAGAGGGACACGGGGAUAGAGAGACAGACAGACGUGGCUUAGACAGACAGAGACAGACACACAGAGACAGACGUGGCUUAGAAAGACACACAGAGACACAACAGACGUGGCUUAGACAGAGACAGACACACAGAGACAUACGUGGCUUAGACAGAGACAGACAGACACAGACGUGGCUUAGAGACAGACACAGACAGACGGGGAUAGAGAGACACGUGGUUUAGAGAGACACACAGUGUGGCUUAGAGAGACACACACAGAGACACAGACAGACGUGGAUUAGAGACACAGACAGACGGGGAUAGAGAGACACGUGGUUUAGAGAGACAUAGACAUAGACGUCGCUUAGAGAGACACAGACACAGACAGACGUGGCUUAGAGAUACAGACAGACGUGGCUUAGAGAGACACACACAGAGACACAGACACACGUGGCUUAGAGAGACACACACAGAGACACAGACACACGUGGCUUAGAGAGACACACACAGAGACACAGACACACGUGGCUUAGAGAGACACAGACACACGUGGCUUAGAGAGACACACACACAGAGACACACAGAGACGUGGUUUAGAGAGACAGACACAGACACGUGGCUUAGAGAGACAGACAGACAGACGUGACUUAGAGACAGACAGACGGGAAUAGAGAGACACAGAGACACACACAGACGUGUCUUAGAGACAGACACAGAGACACGUGGCUUAGAGAGACAGACACAGAGACACAGACGUGGCUUAGAGAGACACACACAGACGUGGCUUAGAGAGACAGAGACACACGUGGUUUAGAGAGACACACAGAGAGACACACACAGACGUGGCUUAGAGACAGACACAGAGACACGUGGCUUAGAGAGACAGAGACAGACGUGGAUUAGAGAGACAGACACAGAGACACAGACGUGGCUUAGAGACAGACACAGACGUGUCUUAGAGAGAGACACGUGGCUUAGAGAGACAGAGACAGACGUGGAUUAGAGAGACACACACAGAGAGACACGUGGCUUAGACAGACACAGAGAGACACACACAGAGACACAGACGUGGCUUAGAGAGACACACACAGAGACACGUGGCUUAGAGAGACACAGAGAGACACGUGGCUUAGACAGACACAGAGAGACACACACAGAGACACAGACGUGGCUUAGAGAGACACACACAGAGACACGUGGCUUAGAGAGACACAGAGAGACAGACACAGAGAGACACGUGGCUUAGAGAGACAGAGACAGACGUGGAUUAGAGAGACACAGAGACACAGACGUUGAUUAGAGAGACACACAGAGAGACACGUGGCUUAGAGAGACAGACACACAGAGACACACACAGAGACACAGACGUGGCUUAGAGAGACACACACAGAGAGACACGUGGCUUAGAGAGACACACAGAGAGACACACACAGAGACACAGACGUGGAUUAGAGACAGACACGUGGCUUAGAGAGACAGAGACAGACGUGUCUUAGAGAGACAGACACACAGAGAGACACGUGGCUUAGAGAGACAGACACAGAGACACGUGGCUUAGACAGACACAGAGAGACAGACACAGAGAGACACGUGGCUUAGAGAGACAGAUACACAGAGAGACACGUGGCUUAGAGAGACACAGAGAGACAGACACAGAGAGACACGUGGCUUAGAGAGACAGACACAGAGAGACACGUGGCUUAGAGAGACAGACAGACGUGAAGAGUCAACACGUGAUGGAUCCACACUUCAAAUUGCCGUUCAUCAAGCAAGAAUACGAAGAGCAUCCAAACCCAGGGACGUCUGCUGACCCGUUGGUGAAACGCGAAGAUGCAGAUGCUGGAGCUGCUGUCGCGAUGCCGGAAGAUGAAGAAGAGAGGCUGGGCGAUGAGAAUUUGAGGGUUGUGGUGAAAAGUGAAGUGGAGCAGAACGCUCCGGACGCCAACAUUUUGAAUGUCGACGGAACCGAUAAUGAGAGGCCAGAGGAUGAAGCGGAUUCCUACGAAAGUGUGAGCACCACCAGUACCGCAGCAGCAGCGGCGGCGACGACGGCAACAGACAAGAAUUUCAUUGAGGUGGAGUUGUUGGAAGAGGAUAUUGGUCAAGCUGACGAAGGGAAAGCAACGGAGCUCCUUUGCGAGGAGUGCGGAGGCUACGGAGUGACGGCGACGACGGACAAGGCGCAACGCGACUGCGAUGACGGCGGCGGCGAGAACCGGCGAGCCUGCGCGCGAUGCGGGAAGCCGCUUCGAAGGCACCGCCACCGCCGCCACCACCACCGCCGCCACCGCCGUCACCGCCGCCGUCGCCGGGAAAAAGCCGCACGCGUGCCAGGAGUGCGGCAAGGGGUUCACGACGCGCUCCUACCUGAAGGCGCACGCGCGGACGCACAGCGGCGAGUGGUCGCACGUGUGCGGCGAGUGCGGCCGGGGCUUCGCGGUGCGCUCCAGCUACGAGGCGCACACGCGCACGCACACGGGCGAGAAGCCGCACGAGUGCGCCGAGUGCGCCAAGCGCUUCGCGCGCGCCUCCGACCUCGUGAGGCACUCGCGGACGCACACGGGCGAGAAGCCUCACGUCUGCGGCGAGUGCGGCAAGGGCUUCACGCAGCGCUCCAACCUGGAGACGCACUCGCGCACGCACGCGGCCGAGAAGCCGCACGUUUGCGGCGAGUGCGGCCGGGGGUUCGCGCAGCGCUCCAACCUGGAGGCGCACUCGGCCUCGCACACGGGCGCCUGGCCCCUGGCGUGCGCCAAGUGCGGCAAGGGCUUCGCCCGCCGCUCCGACCUGGAGAAGCACACGCGCAGGCACACUGGCGAGAAGCCGCACGUGUGCGAGUACUGCGGCAAGAGGUUCGCCCAGCACUCGAACCUGCACACGCACCUGCGCACGCACACGGGCGAGAGGCCGCACACGUGCGCCGAGUGCGGCCGGGGCUUUGCCCAGCGCUCGCACCUCGAGGCGCACUCGGUGCUGCACACGGGCGUGUGGCCGCUCGUCUGCGGCGAGUGCGGCAUGGGCUUCGCGCAGCUCUCCGACCUGAAGAAGCACCGGCGGACGCACACGGGCGAGAAGCCAUACGUGUGCAAGGAGUGCGGCAAGUGCUUCUCGCAGCACUCGAACCUGCACACGCACACGCGGCGGCACGCCGGGGAGAAGCCGCACGUUUGCUCCGAGUGCGGCAAGGGCUUCGCGAAGCGCGCCGAGCUGGAGGAUCACUCUUCGACGCACGCGGGCGCGUGGCCGCACUCGUGCGAGGAGUGCGGGAAGGGCUUCUUCCAGCGUUUCCUCUUGGAGGCGCACGCUCGGACGCAUGCCCCUUCCCAUGGCUGUACCGGAGGAAUUUAUAUUUGGUACAGAUACAAUGGGAGGCUCAUCAAUGCCCAGGUGCGGUCGAAGGAUGGCUCCCUAUUUGUCAACCAUGUUAUGUAUGAUCAUGAUCUGGUGAUUGAUGCUCACUUAGAGGAGGAGUUGGAGGCGCUGCUGCUGAACCUGGAGUGUGUCCCUAAGAGGUGGGGUCUUACCAUCAGCUCCACCAAAACGAAGCACCUGCCUGGAUGGCUUCGCACAUUCAAUUGCCGUUCAUCAAACGAGAGAAGGACGAGACCGGUGGCCUCGGGAUGUGGCCCAACUCGAUGGAGAGGACCGGAGGACGACGACGCUGCGCAGGAUUUGACGAUGAUUAAAGCCGAGGGAGCCAGGGUGAGGCCGGAGGAGGCGGGAAGUUCCCACGGGUUCCUCGCCGCCAGGGAUCGCAGCUUCAUCGACGCGGAGUUGUCGCCGAGGAUCGUCGGACAAGGUGAAGGCGGUUCGAUGGGGCCGCUUUGCGUGGAGUGCCGCAAGGACUUUGGCGGGCGAAUGCGAACGAAGGCGGACGGGGCGAAAAGACCGGGCCAGUCGCCGCGCGGCUGCGCCCAGUGCGGCAAGAAACUCGGCGCCGUGUCGUCGUACGCCGGACGCAAGAGACGAGCCGACGAUAGGCCGCGGCCGGGCGCGACCCGCGCGGACACGGGGCCCCCGCCGCCCCUGCCGCUCCCGCCGUCCCUGCCGCUCCCGCCGCUCCUACCGCCCCUGCCGCCCAUCGGCACGUCGGCGGGGGACGAAGAGACAGCGAGCGCCCCCGGCGAGAAGCGUCACGGGUGCGGGGUCUGCGGCAAGCGCUUCGCGCAGCGCUUCCACCUGGAGAGGCACACGCGCACGCACACGGGCGAGAAGCCGUUCGUGUGCGAGGAGUGCGGCAAGGGCUUCGCGCAGCGCUCCAACCUGGAGACUCACGCGCGAACGCACUCGGGCGAGAAGCCGUACGUGUGCCAGGAGUGCGGCCGGAGAUUCUCGAAGCGCUCCACCCUGGAGAAGCACGCGGGCAAGCACCUGGAGGACGAGAGCCCGCACGUGUGCGGCGAGUGUGGCAAGGCGUUCGCCCACCACUUCCACCUGGAGAAGCACGCGAGGAAGCACGCGGUCGAGAAGCCGCACACGUGCGCCGAGUGCGGAAAGGCGUUCGCGCAGCGCUCCAGCCUGGAGAUGCACGCGCGCACGCACACGGGAGAGAGGCCGUACGUGUGCCAGGAGUGCGGCCGGGGUUUUUCCCACUGCUCCACGCUCAAGAAGCACUCGAGGACGCACACGGGCGAGAAGCCGCACGUGUGCAAGGAGUGCGGCAAGGCGUUCAUACAGCGCUGCGCCCUGAACAUGCACGCGCGCACGCACACGGGCGAAAAGCCGUACAUGUGCGUGGAGUGCGGCAAGAGGUUCACCAAGCGCUUCAACCUGGAGAUGCACUGCCGCACGCACACGGGCGAGAAGCCGCACAUGUGCACCGAGUGCGGCAAGGGCUUCACGGCGAGCACCGACUUGAACAAGCACUCGAAGACGCACACCGGCGAGAAGACGCACAUCUGCAAGGAGUGUGGCAAGAUGUUCUCGAAGCGCUCCACGCUGGAGACGCACUCCCGCACGCACACGGGCGAGCGACCGUACAUGUGCGAGGAGUGCGGAAAGCGCUUCACGCAGCGCUACAACCUGAAGAUGCACUCGCGCACGCACACGGGCGAGCGUCCGUACAUGUGCGUGGAGUGCGGCAAGGGCUUCUCUCAGCGCUCCACCCUGGACACGCACUCGCGGACGCACACGGGCGAGAAGCCGUACAUGUGCGUCGAGUGCGGCAAACGCUUCGCGCAGCGCUACAACCUGGAGAUGCACUCGCGGACGCACACUGGCGAGAAGCCGCACGUGUGCAAGGAGUGCGGCAAGGGCUUCUCCCAGCGCUCUACCCUGGACACGCACGCGCGCACGCACACGGGCGAGAAGCCGUACAUGUGCGUCGACUGCGGUAAGAAGUUCACGCAGCGCUACAACCUGGAGAUGCACUCGAGGACGCACACGGGCGAGAAGCCGCACCAGUGCAGGGAGUGCGGCAAGGGCUUCUCCCAACGAUCCACCCUGGAGACCCACGCCAGAACGCACACGAUCGAGCGGCCGUACAUGUGCGUGGAGUGCGGGAAGAGGUUCACGCAGGGCUACGACUUGGAGAUGCAUUACAGAACGCACAUCGGUGAGAAGCCGCACAUGCCCCAAGAUUGCGGGAAGGGCUUCAUGUGAAAUUGUCAGCGGCGGGGUGCGGGAUUUGUGACCGCCGUGCUCCGAUGGGGAAAACCGUUGAUCCGCAACGGGUUUUCCCCCUUCGGGAUUCGAAGGGAGGAUUCGAUGCAUGUGUGUCCGAGGAGUUAAAAUUGAUUUAAUAUCCUGAAUUGUUACAUCCCCGAUUGUAUAUAGUCGUUAAUCUUCUUCUUUGUGUAACCGAUGUUGUUGCUCUGGAGCGGCGUUUCUCAAAAUAACUUUUGUUUGGCCCGGCGAAACCGCUCGGCCGAUGCAAACAUUUCUGCGGAACGCCCAGACCAACCCCCCCCUCCCCCUCCAUUAUCCAUCCCUGCCGACGAAAUGCAUUCACUUAUCUCUCUCUAAAUACAGGGACUCCUCCACUUACGAACGAGUUAGGUUCCAGAGGUACUGUUCGUAAGUCGAUUUGUUCGUAAGUCCAACUUUACGAUUACAACCGUGUUGUACGGCACGGACACUAAACUCGGGGAAUGGCUUUAAAAGUUGUGUAAUCUCCUGUAGAUGCCCACCGGCUUUUCUUACGACCACCGUCAACACUUUCACCUUUGCUCCUGCGACGCGAUGGUGGGUCAAUGAUGUUCGUGAAAGAGCAGAGAGAACGUCGGAGUGAAACCGCACAGCGACAACGCAACAGCAACAGACGAUGGCGGCGGCCCAGGCAGAAAUGCUGGGUAAUGAAUGGGAAUGCUGGGUAAUGAAUGGGAAUGCUGGGUAAUGACACCGAACAACCACCGCCAUCCGAACAGGCAACUGGUCGUACAGACCGGAUUUGUUCGUGUCUCUGAAAGUUCGUAAGUCGAAUGUACGUAAGUAGAAGAGUCCCUGUACCGGUCAUACAAAAUGAUUCAUAUUAGCGGAACUUAAAAAGAAACAAUUUGAAUGCAGCUUAUUUGGAGAGGGGGGAGAGGGAGGAGCAUUUAGAUCUUAGGGGUUAGGGUAGUUUGAUCAGGGGUAGUUUGCCUAACUUAAUACUUUUUUUGUUAUUAAAUAUCACUAGCUAAGAUGUUCAUUAACGUCCAUGACAAAAGGUGUUUAUUUGCGGAGCAACCUGCGUUUGCAUCGCAGCCACCGCGAGGUCCAGCCGGAGGACUGUCGGGGUACCUCUGGUGGUACCGGGGGUACCUCUGGUGGUACCGGAGGGGAACCACACUUUAACCACACCACUUUUGUGUCGAGCGGUGACAACGAUAAUUUCACAUCGAGGUGGUCAAUGAAACCGGACGGUUGCGUCUGGAGCAAUCAAUCAUCGCCGUUGCGAUGAUGAUACCUCCUCCGUGUUUGUGAAUCGGGCAUCGAGGCGAUCUAUUCUGGGUGACGAUAGUCGCACGCCAGAGAUGUAUAUCUUUUAUUCGUUUGCGCAUCAUCUUCAAGUUGUUAGGUUUGCGCGUUUUUUUUUGUUAUUGCCGUUUAUAGAGUCGUGCCCGUCGGAGGUGGUCGGGGUGGUCUCGUCGCUGCGUUUUGUCGUUCUUAACGGCCGUUUGUUGCUUAAGUCGCGUUUGCGAGCGGGGGUGUUGUGUUUCUUUAUUUAUUCGACCCCUGUCGUAAGUGCUUGACAUGGGGCGGUCACCCUCGACUCUUCAAAUCGUUUUUGUUCUUGUUAUCUACGGCCGCAGCUGCGUGUGGCCGUCCGGUGCUUGGCCAGCAGGAGGCAGUGGAGUCCACAUCACCGACGGCGCACUGACGGGGGUGGAGGGCUUUCUGUUGUGUGUGCGGGUUGACCAAGUUGGCACAGUCGGGGGGCACAGGUGGUGCAUCAGCCAGUCGUCAGUCAGUCGACCCAUGGCACCUGCUUGGUCUGCCCCGUGACCUCCUGCCGGCGCAAGCGCCGUGGUGACGGCACCGCCACUUAGUAGAGAAUGGCGGUUGUUGUUGUUGUUGACAACGUCCGGUGACUGGACGACGUUUGUUUGAAUGAUCGUUUGGCUUUACCUCCGUCAAGGCGGAGUGUGUUGCUCUUGAUGGUGAAAGAGACGCGCACACACACACGCAAGGCUUUGUUUGACUAAUGCUGUAGGUCCUCGUUUAGCGCGCUAGCAGCAGCAGCAGCGGCAGCAGUUGUAGACGCGUCGCUGAAAAGUGUCGCGCGAAGUGAUGAAACGCAUUUGGGCGAAAACGAACGCCCCCGUCGUAAAUAGCGUACCGACUUUUGGCGAGAUGCGACGUCACUACCACGCACGACACGCCACGCCGCGCGAUGGUGAAAGGGGCAAAUUAACCGAGGGUUGCGCCGCCACCCGCGCACCGCUGUAUCCUUCCUGCGUGACCGUAUCGCACUGCUCAAGAAAGUAGUUCAUCGUCGACGACCGCUCAGAAACCGCCGCUUAUAACAACGGGUGCGAGCCGUUCCGCGUCGUAACGGUACGCGUCACGACGGGCAUGUCCCACGUCACAACGGAGCGCGUGCGCCCCGCGGUAUGACGGCGUGUCACUGCGUCGUUCGAAGAGUUGCUCCUCCAGUGGAAGAACGCCAGCCGUAGCGAAAACGCGUGGCACGGCGGAGUUUGCGCCGCCGGACUCCGCCACGCUGGACCGGCGUGGGCUGGUUACGGGGGUGGGGGGGGGGGGGGUGGCGAUGUUCGCCGCUGAUGUUCGCUGUGGCCGAGCGUUGAGCCUCGGGUGCCCAGGUUCAAUGUCCGGCUGCCAGAAUACCCAGAGAAAAAUCACGCACAACAGGGGAGUUUGUACGUACGUUAUGUAUGUUGACCUUCUCUGGGGGUGGGGGGACGACAAGCUAAACGCAACAACAAGUGGAGUUUCGAUUUAAAGCUUUCGUGACUGCAGGAAUUCAUAUUCUUGGUUCGUUCGGUAAAGCUCGCAUAGAUGCUGAUCUACGCGACUUUACCGAAAGAACCAAGAAUAACAAGUGUAGUAGUUAUUAAGAAAUAAGUUUUGCUAAUUCAAAUUAUUUAAAAUUGCACAGCUCCCAGUGGCUCUCUCUUGUCGGAAUGAAGAGCGUUCCAGACGGCCGCCGAAGCGCGUCUGAUGGGGUGAAUGUGGCGAAGUUCCUUUAUUCGCGGAGUUUAUUCAUUCACGGAGUUUCUCGAGGGGAGAGGGGUUGGGGGGUCACGUCCUGAGCCCCCCCCCCCCACUCCGCGCCACCAUCCCCCUGAUUUUCGGCCGUCUACGCAUCUCCCCUUAUUCGUCACCUGGUGCCAAACGCCAUCUCCACUCUCAUCGUAUCUACACGUGUGUAUAUAUGGCGUCUAUGCUUUGUGAGCAAUCGUUUAAACAAAACUCAAACAAAACAAAUGGUACGUCGCGCGAUUGUCGUUGAGAUAAAGAGUGCGGUUGUUAUUUUAAAAGGUGCUGGCUGCGUAGGGAAUGGUGACCCUUUGGAGAGGUUAAGGAGUGGAUGGGGUAGUGAUUAGGGGUAGUAUUUGUGAACUUCUUUCGCACAGUACGUAGGCAACCGCGCUAAUCGGAGGUGUGCGGCGGUAAGGACGGCAAACUAAACGCAACGACGAGAAGCAGUAAAGAAUUGAGUUGAUGGUGAUGACGAUGCUUUAAAAGCGCAGCAUAAUUCCAGUGGCUUCCUUGUAUCGGAAUGAAGAGCGGCGUUCCAGACGGCCAGCCGAAAGCCGUCGCCGCCGGUAGCGAGGAUGACGACCGGGGAGUUGGCGUCACGACACACAGAAAAACCACCUUGUCGCAACCGACCGCCCUAAGGGGGGGGGGGGUUGCCCGGGGACCCCCCCCCCCCCCCGUCGUUUGCAUCCACUCCGAAAUCUCCCCCGCAGUGUCCCCCUCGACACUCGUUGACACCGUCCUUGUCCCAUCUCCAUCGAGCAACCCGCUACACCCCCCCUCCCCCCUUCGCAACAGCCAUGAAAAUCACCUCGCCCAGUCGCGUUAACCCCUUAGACGCCCUUCGUCCUCGGCUCGGUUCCUUCGCCUCCCUUGCCACUUGCAGUCCCUUGCGAUGGAUCCUCCGCCAUCGCCCACCACGGUGGUGGUGGUGGUAUGGGGUGUGUGGGCCUCCAAAGAUCGCCUGGCUGGCCUGUGUCCACCGUCUCCUUGUUCUCGGUCGUCUGCCGAGUUAGUCGUCUAAUUCAGCGGUCCCCAACCUUUUUGGCACCAGGGACCGGUUUCGUGGAAGGCAAUUUUUUUCACGGACCGGGGGGGGGAUGGGUUCAUCAUUGGGUCUUUCCCCUUUUCAAAGAAGCUCUCCAGCGACGUUUGUUUUUGUACUCAUUUUGGCUAGGGCUAGAGCUUGUGGGCUUAGCAAAACCACGACUGAGACGAAGUACGCAGUGCGGGAAAGAGGCGCGGAUGGAAGUGGUCAAUAAAAUAAUGGGGGCGGGCCACGCGCGGACUCAACGCUCUCACCUGCUGUUGUGCGGCCCGGUUCCUGACAGGCCACGGAUCGGUACGGGUCUGCGGCCCGGGGAUUGGGGACCCCCACCACCCCCCCCCCUUCCUCUGCGUAAUGACUCGCGGUUAGAACUCUCGGCACGAGCAGGCAUCGGCAUCACCGCGACGCGCAACCUCCUCUCGUACACCAAGGAGCCAGGCAUGCGGUCGCUGCUUAGGCAUUGUAAACUAAAAAAACUCAACCCUUUAAAAAAGAAAAUUCCAGGUUAAGGCCCCAACUGAGCUGCUGUAUGGCUAUUUUUUUUUCUUCUUCAGAAGCUACCUGGACAAAUGGUGUCUCAGCGAAGUGGCUCAUCCGGCAUCACUUGGACAUUUAUAGCUAAAUACUCCAAAGCGCGUGGUGAUGUUGAUUCUAAACGUGGAGGGAGGAAAAAAAAACAACGGAGGACCCGGAAAAAAAUCCACGCUACCACAACGGGUGGAGAGAGAGAGACAGACUCCAAAUAUACAGCCAACCCAUGACCUCCUGUAUACCAGGCGAGGCAGUUAACAUCUAGCCACUGUGGCACCCCCGGCCGUCUGGAACGCUCUCGUUAUCCCGCCGCCACGUUCAAUCUACGUCAGCUUUCAAGAGGCGCUCCGUUCACCUGGCGUGCGAGUGACGCUGAGCGUUUGGCUAUGCGCAGCGGGGCUACAUUCACUCAGUCUUGAUUUGAAGCUUUCGUGACUGCAGGAAUCCAUACUCGUUGGUUAUUUCGGUAAAGUCACGUAGGUAUAAAAUAAA